GUGGACAUGAGCAAAGUAAAUCUGGAAGUAAUCAAACCAUGGAUAACAAAACGAGUAACAGAAAUCCUUGGAUUUGAAGAUGAUGUAGUAAUUGAAUUUAUUUUCAACCAGUUGGAAGUGAAGGCCUGAACCAAAAUGGAAGUUAUUCCUUGCGUCUGAAGUAUAGCACCAUCACCUUAUUAGGUCACAGCAGAGUGAGUGUCCAAUGUCGCUCUGACCCAACUCCCUUGAUGAUGCAGUGUGUGUUUGGAGGGGACUUGGCGAUUCCAAACCCCCCAAGGUUCCAAGAAGAAACUGAAGACACCUGGAAUCUGUACUUGCUUUGUGCUGUUGAGCUGUGCUUGUUAUAUGGACCUUGUUGCUUGACCAACAAACAACUUUAGAAUUUAAAAGCCCAUUUUAACUUUGAAGCCUUUUGACCUCUUAACCCUUUGUGGACAUGACAUGGUGACAUUGAGACAAUCUGUAAGGCACCUCCGUAGCUUGUGCUCCCUCAGGCAGGCAGAGCCUUAGUUUGGGAGAAAGUCAGAAAAUGCAUGCAUGACUCUUGGCCUUUCACAGCAGGAGGAGAGGGAUUAGCAGGCUGCCAUCUCCAGUGCUAGGCACUGACACAGCUUCUGUCCCUUGUGCAGAUGUUAAGACAGAGAUUUCCAAGCAAGCAGAAUCAAAACCACCAGGAAAAUUAUGUUUAGAACAUAAUUCUGCAAUCGCAUAGCAGCAUUGUAAUGGUGUGUUAAAUUAAAGGCCCCUGAUUUCCUGUAGAGCAGCCACAUGGUCCAAAAACUUACAAAACCCACAAAGGAUUAACAGGCCUUUCUGAAUAUUUAUGGUAAGACACAAAAAGAAAAAAAAAAUAAUAGUACAAUAAACUUACAUUGAUGAGAAAUGACUAGGGAAAGAUUUUUAAAAAGUAGUUUUUGAGUGUAUAUGUAUUUUAGCCCCCAUGGUAGUUUUAAUUUAAGUUGAAUAUAGACUGACUGGUGUUUUUGCAGAUAACCGGUUUGUCUUCCUGUCAUAUCUCUUUGCAGAACCCAGAUUCCAAAAUGAUGCAAAUCAACCUGACUGGUUUUUUGAAUGGGAAAAAUGCUAGGGAGUUCAUGGGAGAACUGUGGCCACUGCUAUUAAGUGCACAAGAAAACAUUGCUGGUAUUCCAACUGCAUUUCUGGAACUGAAGAAAGAAGAAAUAAAACAACGACAGAUAGAGCAGGAGAAACUGGCUUCCAUGAAGAAACAAGAUGAAGACAAAGAGAAGAGAGAUAAGGAAGACAAAGACAACAGAGAGAAAAGAGACAGAUCCAGGAGUCCAAGAAGACGCAAGUCCCGCUCCCCCUCCCCGCGGCGGCGGUCGUCGCCCGUGCGCCGCGAGCGGAAGCGCAGCCACUCCCGCUCCCCGCACCACCGCACCAAGAGCCGCAGUGCCACCCCUGCCCCCGAGAAGAAAGAGGCCACUCCUGAGCCAGAGCCCUCCGUGAAACCAAAGGAGACUGUUGUGCAAGAGGCAACUUCAAACAGUGAUGUCCCAAAAGCUCCUAAACCUGAACCACCUGUACCAGAGGCUAAGGAAACUUCACCAGAACGUAACUCAAAGAAGGAGAGAGAGAAGGAGAAGGAGAAGACUCGUCAGAGAUCCCCAAGUCGAUCCAAGUCCAGGUCAAGAUCCCGAUCCCGGUCUCCAUCUCAUUCUCGACCCAGAAGGCGCCAUAGAUCACGGUCAAGGUCUUACUCCCCUAGAAGGCGACCCAGCCCGCGGCGCCGGCCGUCCCCGCGCAGGAGGAGCCCCCCCCGGAGGAUGCCUCCCCCACCCAGGCACAGGAGGAGCAGAUCCCCCGUGAGGCGGAGAAGACGCUCCUCGGCCUCGCUGUCCGGCAGCAGCUCCUCCUCCUCCUCGUCGCGCUCCCGCUCUCCGCCAAAGAAGCCUCCCAAGAGACCCGUGUCCAGCCCCCCCCGCAAAACGCGCCGGCUGUCGCCCUCGGCCAGCCCCCCCCGGCGCCGCCACCGGCCCUCGCCCCCCGCCAGCCCCCCGCCCAAGCCCCGCCGCUCGCCCACGCCCCAGCAGUCCAACCGCGCCCGCAAGAGCCGCGGCUCCGUCUCGCCCAGCAGGGCCUCAGCACCCAAACAUAAGAGUACUGAGAAAAGAGAGUCUCCUUCGCCAGCGCCCAAGCCCAGGAAAGCAGAGUUGUCGGAAUCAGAAGAAGACAAAGGAGGCAAAAUGGCUGCAGCAGAUUCUGUCCAACAGAGGCGCCAGUACAGGAGGCAAAAUCAACAGUCUUCAUCUGAUUCUGGUUCUUCAUCUUCCUCAGAAGAGGAGAGGCCCAAGAGGUCGAACGUGAAGAACGGGGAGGUGGGCAGGCGCCACCGGCACUCGCACUCGCGCAGCCCCUCGCCCCGCAAGCGCCAGAAGGAUUCCUCCCCUCGGAUGCAGAUGGAAAAGAGGUGGCAAUCACCAGUGAUGAAAAGCAGGAGGAGGAGGAGCCCCUCGCCGCCCCCCACGCGCCGGCGCCGCUCCCCUUCCCCGGCGCCGCCGCCCCGGCGCCGCCGCUCCCCGUCCCCGCCUCGCCGAAGGUCUCCAUCACCACCCCCGCGCAGACGUUCUCCCUCUCCACGGAGAUACUCCCCCCCGAUCCAGAGGCGAUAUUCCCCAUCUCCCCCUCCCAAGAGGAGAACAGCUUCUCCUCCUCCCCCUCCCAAAAGAAGGGCCUCCCCUUCCCCCCAGUCCAAGCGCAGAGUCUCCCACUCCCCACCACCAAAACAGAGGAGCUCCCCUACUGCUAAACGGCGCUCCCCUUCCGAAUCUUCCAAGCACAGGAAGGGGUCUCCUCCCAGCAGAUCCAACAGGGAAACACGUUCUCCACCACAAAACAAAAGGCAUUCACCUUCACCACGGCCUCGAGCUUCCCACCCCUCCUCCAGCCCUGCUGCGCCGCGCCGGGGAGCGUCGGCGUCGCCGCAGAGGAGACAGUCACCCUCACCCAGCAGCAGGCCCAUCAGGAGGGUCUCCAGAACGCCAGAACCCAAGAAAACAAAGGCUUCCACCCCCAGCCCCCGGCGCGUGUCCUCGUCCCGCUCUGCGUCAGGCUCACCUGAGACAGCUCCCAAGAAACACCAAGGACCUGCAUCUCCUGCCCGGUCUCGCUCUCCUUCUGCAAACUGGUCACCUGCAAAAAAGGCCAAGAGCCCAACUCAGAGCCCAUCACCUGCCAGGAAUUCAGAUCAAGAAGGUGGUGGCAAGAAGAAGAAGAAAAAGAAGGAUAAGAAGCAUAAAAAGGAUAAAAAGCACAAGAAACACAAAAAGCAUAAGAAGGAGAAGGCAGCAGCAGCUGCAGUAGCUGCUGCUGUGGCUCCAGCAGACACCACCUCAGCACAGGGAGACCAGGAAGCAGAGACAGAACCCAAAAAGGAGACAGAAAGUGAACCCGAGGACAACCUGGAUGACCUCGAAAAGCACCUGCGGGAGAAGGCGCUGAGGUCCAUGAGGAAGGCGCAGGUGUCCCCCCCCUCCUAGGCCAACCCUUUGAUAUAAUGUACAUUUUCUUUGGUUUGUACUCAGAAUUCAAUUUCAAAUUGCUAAAUGUGUUUGAGCUUUAGAAUAUAACAUUUGUUGUAAUAAUUGCUAGGUUGAGGUUCACCAUGUACAAAGGGCAUGGAUUUACAUUACAAAAGGUGUCCACAGUGUACUAGUGACAUUCUUUCAUUGACAGCAUAAUUUCAUUUAGAGUGAGACUUUUUAGAAGCAGUAGGAAUUUGUUUUGGAGGUUUGAAACAUGACCGUCAGUUCCCUCGUUUCUUUGAAAUCCAGCAGAGCCUUGAGCAGAAUUUGUGAGGGGCUCAUUUGACUUCUUUUGUAUCACUUACAUGAUGCUACUAACCUUUGUGGUUUGUAGGCUUGCCCAGGAGUAAAACCACUGCAGAAUUCAAGGAAGUACAUCUCUAUUUUAAUGCUUUCUACUGUUGCCUGUAUAGUCUCCAUUAAAGCCAAUCAAGAAUAGCAAUUUAGAGUGGUACAUAAAUGAAAGCAUGUUGUUUACCAGGACACUGUGGGUUUAUAUUGAUGUAACAUGUUGAUUUGGAACACUGGAAUUUCAUUUGUAUUUUUAUGUUCUUUUUUUAAAGGGCAGUUUCCAUGAUCAGCAGACCCAGAAAAAAAAAUAAUAAUUCCUUCAGUUCCAUAAAUUUUGUUUGUGAGCUGUCGUUGCCCCAUUCAUAAAUCUUGUCUCGUUACGGUUCUUCGGAAUGGUCUGAGCAACUUUCAGAGCUGUGUUCUUUGAAAGUUUAGAGGAACCUGAACUUUGGAUAUUGUCAUGUUUUCACUGUUCUUUGUUUUUGUUUUUUUAACUAAAGCUAUAUAAAGCUUGUGGAUUAAACAAAAUAAAUUUCUAAAUUUAAACAGA